GGAGUGAAGGAGGCAUCAUUGACUAGAGACUGGCAGAGGCCCCAGAAACUCCCACCUCCUCUGGCUCGCCUGCCCUCUAGGGGGUUUUCAGCACCCCUGAGAUGACAGAAAGGGAAAGAUAGAUUCUGGGAGCAGGUGGGGAGGCCUGGGGAUCCCAGAGGGUCCACUGCCCCCCUCAGGGGCCUAGCUGGUCAGCACAAUAGGCCUGGCGGCUGUCAUGCUGAAGCUCAAAUGGUUGUCUGGGUAACCGCUGAGGCCAGUUUCCACCAAUCCAUUGCAAAGAUGGGUUGGGGGAGGGAGGCAGGGAAGGAAGGAAGGAGGGGAACUUGCUCCCCACCAAAGGCCAGCAUCCUAUAUAAGGAGCCAGGGCAGUGGGAAAGGGAUCAGUGUGGGGUAUAACCUGCUCUUAGGCUUGGGAUUGGGGACACAGAGAUGCCUGGGACUCAUCACUCCAAACUUGGGCCCUGGGGCAACUUCUGGGCUACCAUGACCUUACUGGGCCUAGCUGUGCAUGCAGGCCAGAGAGCAGAUGUGGCUGGUGAAGCAGCAGAUGCCUCUAUUAACCACUCCUUGAAGAUGCUCCAGCGCCUGCGGGAGUUACAAGAUCUGGGCAACGAGAGUGACACGGUGUUGCGGGUACAAGCUGCAGGUACUGAUGAAGUCCACAUUUUCCACGCUCACCGGCUGCUCCUGGGCUUGCAGAGUGAGGUAUUCCAGGGACUGCUCUACAACCAGAGUGAGGUGACAUUGCAGGAGCCCAGGGACUGUGCUGCUGUCUUUGAUAAAUUCAUCAGGUAUCUGUACUGUGGGGAACUGUCCCUUCUGAUGUCGCAGGCCAUUCCCCUGCACAAAUUGGCCAGCAAAUAUGGCGUGACUUCCCUGCAGCAGGGAGUAGCCGAGUACAUGAAGUCACACCUCUCAGGAGAGCUGGGGGGUCCUGGCCCAGCUGUGGGUUGGUACCACUACGCAGCACGAACAGGCAAUGAAGACCUCAGGGAAAGCUGCCUCCAGUUUCUGGCUUGGAAUCUGUCGGCUGUGGUGGGGAGCUCCGAGUGGGGGGAAGUGACUCCAGAGCUCUUGGCUCAACUCUUAGACCGCUCUGAUCUGGUGCUUCAGGAUGAAUUUGAGCUCUUCCAGGCCCUGGAAGUCUGGUUGGGCAGAGCCCGGCCUCCCACCCCUGUGGCGGAGCAGGCGCUUAGAGCCAUUCGCUACCCCAUGAUCCCACCUGCCCAGCUGUUCCAGCUGCAGGCCCAGUCGCCAGCCCUGGCCCGUCAUGGAGAAGCUGUGGGUGAUCUCCUCCUGCAGGCCUACCAGUUCCAUUCUGCCUCUCCUCUGCAGUACGCCAAGUUCUUUGACGUCAAUGGCAGUGCCUUUUUGCCUCGAAACUACCUCUCUCCGGCCUGGGGGGCGCUGUGGGUCAUCAGCAACCCCGCCAGGGAUGACCGAAGCACAAGCUUCCAGACGCAGCUGGGCCCCAGUGGGCACGAUGCAGGUAGGAAGGUGACGUGGAACGUCCUCUUCUCUCCACGCUGGCUGCCCAUCAGCCUGCGCCCAGUCUAUGCCGAUACUGCUGGGGCUGCCCUGCCAGCUGCACGCCCUGAGGAUGGACGGCCCCGACUGGUAGUGACUCCGGCCAGCAUCAGCGGGGACGCCGCCGGCGUGAGCUUCCAGAAGACAGUGCUGGUGGGGGCUCGACAGCAGGGGCGGCUCCUGAUUCGCCACGCCUACAGCUUCCACCAGAGCAGUGACGAGGCCGGGGACUUCUUGGCCCACACUGAUCUGCAACGGCGCAGUUCUGAGUACCUGGUGGAGAACGCCCUUCACCUGCAUCUCAUCAUCAAGCCUAUCUACCACAGCCUCAUUCGGACCUACAAGUAGUGGAAGGAGGGAGGGAGGGAGGGAAUGUGGGAAGGAAAAAGGGAAGACUUCCAUGGACUCCCCAGGAUGAGACAGUCAUGAAUGGAAGUAGCCAUAAGGAGCUGAACUUCCUGGAAUGGUGGUUGGACAUCGAUUGGGGUAUUAAAGUGAUCCCCAAGAGAA